AAUGUAAGAAAGUUAUUUCACGAUGAAUGCUGAUAUUGGUUAGCUAGGUGUGCCCUUGAUAAAGCCCAAAUGAGCUAACAUUGAAAUCCGAGUAAUAAAAUGUAUGCGGGGAAUGAUAACGUAGACAAUUUUUUCUCCAGAUCGCUGAUUUUUGCUGUCUUGUGAACAGCAUCAGCGUGGUGACAUUUAUUUGUUAGCUGUUUUCGCCUUGGCCUCAACACCAGCCUGAGUUCGAGUCCUUUGCCCAGUGUCUUCCCCUCGCUCUUUCUGCCCCGCUUUCCUGCCAUUCUUUACUGAGUUAAUCGAAUAAAACAGAAAAAAACCAAGAAAAAGUACAAAUGUUAAAUUUCAGUGUAAUCUUUAAUGUAAUCAUGAGUUGAUAGUGUGCCUUAGUAAUUGACAAAUAUUUUUAAUAAUUUAUCAAAUAUUUAUAUUUUAUCAUAAGCGUUUAAGAAAAGGCAUACUGUAUUUUAACUUGGAGUUGGUGAACAGGGAAUAAGUAGGUCUUUAAAUCUCUUUUUACAGAAAAGAAAUCUUGCAUUUGAUAUUAUGAUGGAAACAUCAGGUAGAAGAAGAAAAAGAGUUAAUCCUCAACAUGAUGCAGAACACUAUAUUAAACUGAAAACUGACAAGACUGGUCUAACAGAGCAAUUCAUCAGCCCAUGCAAAGGUCGUGGUGUAAUUACCUCACAGUUUUUCAAACAGGGGGAAUUUGUUCUUGAAUACCGUGGAGAACUUUGCAAAGCAGAUCCUUAUCUUGAAAAAAACAAGUUCAAUGAUACGGUGGAAGUGUUCUUAUUUGAUUUCAAAUGGAAAGGAACCUCUUGGUGCAUUGAUGCUUCUGUUGAAGACAAGUCAUUAGGAAGGCUUGUGAAUGAUGACCACCGAAGGCCUAACUGUAAGAUGAAAACAGUUGAAGUUGAAGGAAGGCCACAUCUUUGCCUGUUUGCCUUACGUGACAUUGACCCAGGAGAAGAAAUAACUUAUGACUACGGAAAAGCUGACUGGCCUUGGCGCAAGAUGGAUAAAUCUACCUAUGAGAUCAGCAACCAAAAUGGUGAUCCUGAACACUGCACUCAGGAUAAAUCUACUUAUGAGAUCAGCAAACAAACCGGCGAUCUUGAACACUGCACUCAGGAUAAAUCUACCUAUGAGAUCUGCAACCAAAAUGGUGAUCUUGAACACUGCACUCAGGAUAAAUCUACUUAUGAGAUCAGCAACCAAAAUGGUGAUCCUGAACACUGCACUCUGGAUAAAUCGACUUAUGAGAUCAGCAACCAAAAUGGUGAUCUUGAACACUGCACUCAGGAUAAAUCUACUUAUGAGAUCAGCAACCAAAAUGGUGAUCCUGAACACUGCACUCAGGAUAAAUCUACUUAUGAGAUCAGCAACCAAAAUGGUGAUCCUGAACACUGCACUCUGGAUAAAUCUACCUAUGAGAUCAGCAACCAAAAUGGUGAUCUUGAACACUGCACUCAGGAUAAAUCUACUUAUGAGAUCAGCAACCAAAAUGGUGAUCCUGAACACUGCACUCAGGAUAAAUCGACUUAUGAGAUCAGCAACCAAAAUGGUGAUCUUGAACACUGCACUCAGGAUAAAUCUACCUAUGAGAUCAGCAACCAAAAUGGUGAUCUUGAACACUGCACUCAGGAUAAAUCUACCUAUGAGAUCAGCAACCAAAAUGGUGAUCCUGAACACUGCACUCAGGAUAAAUCUACUUAUGAGAUCAGCAACCAAAAUGGUGAUCCUGAACACUGCACUCAGGAUAAAUCUACCUAUGAGAUCAGCAAACAAACCGGCGAUCUUGAACACUGCACUCAGGAUAAAUCUACCUAUGAGAUCUGCAACCAAAAUGGUGAUCUUGAACACUGCACUCAGCCACUACAUUAUUCUGAUGACUUCUUCUUGGAGAGGACCAGGGGAACUCUGGAAGAUGCGCAGAAGGCUGCAGUUCCUGUAGUUGCCACAACAUCAUUACUUCAACCAGCAUCAGAGAAAUGCUUCAUUGAAUACUUAAAAAAGAAGUCCUCAAGACAAACAGGUCUCGACAUAUACAGAAACAUCUUCUGA